UGGCUCGGUUGCACCGGUGAGGCAUUUGCCUCUGUAGUCGCAGGUCAUCGUCGCCGGUGGUCGCGCGCCGACCCAAAACCUCUCCGUCGUUGCCCCUCAGGUCGCGAUGCCGCCGCCGCCAGCAGCGCUCCAGUUGGCCGCCAUCGCCGCCUUCCUGGUGGCGUCCGCGAGCCCCAGCUACUACCCGGACGCCUCCAGUCCCGUGCUGUCCGCGGGCGUCCAGUCGCAGUUCUCGGUUGCGGGGGGGAGGUCCCCCCAGACGUUCGUGAAGCAGGCGACAUACGCAGGGGUGGGGGGGGGUCGGGCAGGGGCGGUGGGGGCAGUGGGGGUGGGCGGGCUGGGCCCCCACCCACCUCUGGGCGCCCUCCCACCGAAGGGUAAACUCAAGGACAAGUGGAUCGAAGUUCCGGUCGUUCUCCAGCCAGGCCCCCGGGGUUUAAAAGGCCCCCCCGGAAAGCCAGGCCUCCCAGGCCUCCCAGGAGUCGGCCAGGCCGGCCCUCCAGGCCCCACGGGUCCCCCAGGGGCCCCUGGGACCCCCGGCCUCCCCUCACUGGGGACCCAAGGACAUCCGGGUCUCGUUGGUCCUCCCGGUGUAGCCGGCCCCAAAGGUCCAGACGGAGCUCCGGGACGUGCCGGCACCCCCGGCCCGAAGGGCCACCAGGGCCUGCCGGGGCCCAAGGGGGACAAGGGAGAGGGCGCGGAGGGGUCCCCAGGCGUGCCAGGGCUGCAGGGGCCCCCCGGCGUGGAGGGGGCCCCGGGAAUCGGGGUCCCGGGAAGAGACGGCGUCGAUGGGGCCAAGGGGCACGAGGGCCAGCCCGGCGUGAAGGGGGAGCAGGGAAACCACGGGCCCCCGGGGCAGCCCGGCCUGCCGGGGCCGCUAGGGCUCCCUGGGAUGGGCAGCCCGGGGAGGGACGGCACCCCGGGGCGGCCGGGAGAGAAGGGCAGUCAGGGCCUCCGGGGGAAACCGGGCCUGCCUGGCAGGCUCCCGCCCGGUGCGAAGGGCGACCGCGGCGAGUCCGGGCCGCCCGGCCUGAAGGGCCCCGAGGGCCACGUGGGGCCCAAGGGGGAGCCGGGGCUCAACGGGCCCCCGGGGUUGCCUGGGGUGGACGGCCUCACCGGAGAACGGGGGGCCCCGGGCCUACCCGGACCGCCUGGCGACGGGGGGCCCGUCGGAGCUCCGGGCGGGGACGGCGCGCCCGGCGAUCGGGGCCCCGCCGGGGAGGCCGGUAGGCCGGGCCCCAAGGGGGACGCCGGACACAAGGGCCUCACGGGUCCCAAGGGCCCCGCGGGCCCCGGCGGACCCCAGGGCGAACGCGGCCCCAAAGGGUGGCCCGGAAGCAAGGGGCACGCGGGCUCCCCGGGGCCGCAGGGACCGCAGGGGGUGUGCGAGUGCGGCCGGCAGGACGGAGCCUCCGUCGGUGCCCCCGGUCCGCCCGGGCCGCCCGGCCCCCCGGGGCCGCCCGCGACCUACCAGCCGCCGCCCGGCGGCCACGAGCUCCUGGGCGACCUCCAGGGGCGAACGAUGCCACUCCGACCGGGCGGGGGGUUCAACGGGGAGGCCGAUCCGGGCCCGGCGCUCGGAGGCGGUGUGGCCUACCGGCUGGAGCCUGCCACCUCCCGCGGCCCUCCCGACUCGCCGCCCGGCCCCGCCGGCAUGAAGUUCCCCAUUCUGGCCAAGGUGGCGAAGAAAACGGUGGGCGUCAAGGAGCACCACGUCCACCACCACCACUACAUGAGCGCCGUCAAGGUUCCCGUCCUGCCCUUUGCUCCCUUCCCCGAUCAGCAGCAGCAGCAGAUGCAGCAGCAGCAGCAGCAACAGCAGCAGCAGCAGAUGCAGGUCCAGUUUCACACUCAGCAGCAGCACCAGCAGCAGCACCAGCAGCAGCAGCAGCACCAGCAGAUACCGCCACAGCAGCAGCAGCCGGCCCGGUCGGCGUUCUCCGUCCGCCUGUCGGAGGCGUACCCACCGGCGGGGAGUCCGAUAGUCUUCGACGAGGUCUUCUACAACGGCGAGGGCGCCUACGACGUGGCGAGCGGCGUGUUCACGUGCCACAUCGGCGGCCUCUACUACGUCUCCUACAGCUUCCACGUGCGGGGCAGCCGCGCCUGGGUGGCGCUCUUCCGCAACGGCGAGCCGGUGCUCUUCACGUACGACGACGGAGAUGGCGGCGGCGGCGGCGACGGAGCUGCCGGCGUCGGCGGAGCGGACGGCGGGGACGGGGUUGGUGACGGCGGCGGAGGCAACAACGGCGGAGGGAACGGCGGCAACGGCGGAGGGAACGGCAGCGGCGGAGGAAGAGGAGGGAUGGUUGACCACGCGUCGGGAGCCGUGGCCCUGCCUCUGGUGGCGGGCGACCGCCUCUGGCUGCAGAUCCCCUCGGAGGAGGCGGCGGCGCUGUACGCGGCCGAGCACGUGCACGCCGCCUUCACCGCAUUCAUGGUGUUCCCCCUGUGAGCGGGGAGGCGGGGCGGGAGG